GCGUGGAGUGGUGGGGGAGGUUGGGAACUGUUGGCAAUUGCGAACUUUUUUUUUCCUUCUUCUUUUUUUUUUUUUUUGCUUUUGCUUUGCCCGAAUCGCCUGUGAGCGGGACCUGCGUCUCUUAUCGUGAACUAGCGGAUAGAAGGAAGGGAACGAUACCAUCAUCACCACCAUCAUCAUAUCAUAUGCCCUUUCCUGAUAAAAUCCAUAUGUAUCAUCACCAUCAUCAGCCAUGCCGCCUCCGCCCUACCUCUUCUUCUUCUUCCGCUUGAUCGCUCCCGACGCCGGCACUCCGACGCGGAUCCCCAACCGGCCGACUCGCUUCUUUUAGCUUUUGUCUGGAAAAGGCGUUUUCCCUCCUCCCUUCCACCCCCGCCCCAGCGGCUUGACUCGGGUUUGAGAUAAGUAAAAGAUGGACCCGAUGGAUAUUGUUGGUAAAUCGAAGGAAGACGCUUCGCUUCCUAAAGGUAAAUUUUCGGGUUUGCAAUGGAUCGUCCAAUUAUCUGCUACGAUCUAUUUCCUUUUUUUAAUCAAUUGUGUGCUACUUCAGCUGUUAUAGGAAUUUUCUUGUAGUGUGUUGUUUUGAUUUGAGAUGCUCGUUGGUGGACAUAUCUGAAGGAUAAUACAAUUAGUGGGAUCCUUGUGUUAUUGGUUCCUUGGUUUGGGACUGGGAAGGGAAUAGAUGAAAAGAUCCGAGGAUUAACUUCCUUGGGUAGCGCAUCAAUAUUGUUGAACUUUUCUGGUGCAGGGCAAUAGAGUGAGAGGCAAUUUGACUGUAGGGUUUGCUUCCUGAGGUCAGCUGUUUAUGAAACUCUUAACCCUUUCAUUUGUUCUUGGUAUCUGGCCCACUCAGUCAUGGAGUAAUGUUACAUUGUCACUAUAGGUUAAGUAUGGUCUUUAAUCUCUGAGAGUUUGGAAUGGAUACCUUAAACACCUUGACCUUCAUGCCUUCGGUACUCUUUUAUCAGGAUUGAUGGUGCCUUGUAUGAUAUAAUUCAGCUAGCUGUUAAUCCCUUGAUAGGGUUUCUUUGUCUAUGAUUUGGCAAUUUCUACCUGAACAACUAUGACCAAAAUUAUUAAAGAGAUGUUACCACCAGACGUGCGUGUUGCACGGGAUGCCCAAGAUCUUCUGAUUGAAUGUUGUGUAGAGUUCAUUAAUCUCAUAUCCUCAGAGUCUAAUGAAGUAUGUAGCAGAGAAGAUAAACGAACCAUUGCACCUGAACAUGUUCUCAAGGCUCUAGAGGUUCUUGGUUUUGGAGAAUACAUCGAGGAGGUUUAUGCUGCUUAUGAGCAACACAAGCUUGAAACGAUGCAGGACACUCUAAAAGGCGGUGGUAAGUGGAACGGAACAGAGAUGUCGGAGGAAGAAGCAGCAGCAGAGCAACAGAGAAUGUUUGCAGAGGCAAGAGCAAGAAUGAACGGAGGUGGGGUCGCUGCCCCGAAGCAACAAACUGAGAACGAUAGAAGUUUAGAGAGCUAAUUUGUAGUAGUUGUAGUAGUAGUGGUAUUUCAGCCAUUUUCAUUUGUUAUCUUUUCUUUUACUUGAAAAGAUUUCGUCUGGGAAAACAACAUAGGCAGGCAGGCAACAUCUCACACAGAAAUCUUCUACCUUGCAGUCCUUGUACUAGUGGUUUCUUUUUUUUCAUUUUCUCCUGAUUAUUAAUAUAGUAGAUUUGUACAAAGAAUGCAGGUGGCAAGUGCAGUUUACUACCACUGUGGAUAUGCGGUUAGAUUUGUGUACUUUAGCCACCUAUGGAUCUUCAUCCUGAUGUAUAACUCAGAAAAAAAUAUAAUUAGUCCAAGUUUGUUCACUCAAAUCCGCUUGUUUUUAUACGUUUAAAACUUUCAUUUUUAUAUUAUUAUUAUUAAAGGAUUUUGUUAACAUGA